AUGACUAAAGACGUUGAGAUGAAAGAACAUGCUCCUCCUCCUUCAAACUCUGUUACAUCCACUGGUCCCUCCACUUUGCAGCAUUUGAAGGAAAUUGCAUCGCUAAUUGAGAUUGGUGUGUAUGUUCGUGAGGUGCGUCAGAUUGUACGCCAUGUGCGGUUGACCAUUGCACUAAAGCAGAAGUUGAAGGCCUCUAUGGAGACCAGACAAGAUUCGAUGAAUUCCGCCACCCACACAAGAGAAACUAAGCAAGUUGAAGGUGAGGCUUCCGUGUUUAGAAACUUGAAACUUCCUGCAAAUGAGUUUCCCAAUCAAGAGCCUUCACAUCCUACCACUACCAAGUCCCCUGCUUCAAGUUACAGAAUUUUUAGUGCACCAAAAGCCAUUGAUACCAGCAUAAAAGAGAAUGUAGCAACAGAAAGCAAUAGAUACAAGAAAGGAAGUUCUUCCAAUUCAAAAAGAGAUCCUACCCCGGUAAGGGUCUCAGCAAAUCCAAGCUCACGCACAUCAAGAUCUGAUGGCAGUGGAAGGGCAGGAGUUGGUAAGGGUGGACAAGGGAGAUGGGGAAGAUUCAGUAGUGAGAACUCGAAUGUGAUCCCAAGCAAAAACACUGAGACGCAAGCCAAGGUGCAAAGAUGA